CUUGUGAUUGGUAGUGUUUGCUUCUGCAAAUCUUGUUCAUUGUCAAUCCAAAAUACAAAAAAUAGUGGCGUCUAUUAGGAAAUACGUUUUAUUAUAUUAUAGAGCGUUUGUGUUCGAGUUUAGUAUCUCUAAAUAGAAAUAAUAAGGUAAACAUGAGUAAAAGAAACAGUCCUGUUCCUGAAGAAGAACCUCCAGCUCCUGAAGAAUAUGUUGUUGAAAAAAUUCUUGAUAGUCGUAUUAAUGAUCAUGGCAUCAAAGAGUAUUUCUUAAAGUGGAUUGGGUAUGAAGAAAAAGACAACACCUGGGAACCAGAAGGUAAUUUAGAUUGUCCUGGACUCAUUGAUGCUUUUGAAAAGGAGAAGGCUAAGAAAGAUAAAGAAAAUGAGAGAAAACGCAGACCGAGCACUCUAACAGAACAAAGAUCAGUGAAGAAAAAAACUGACGACAAAAAAUCAUUAGGAUUUGACAGAGGAUUAGAACCAGAAAAGAUAAUCGGUGCUACUGAUAGUCCGGGACAAUUAAUGUUCCUAAUCAAAUGGAAUGGAACCGAUGAAGCAGAUCUUGUACCCGCUAAACAGGCUAAUGUAAGGUGUCCGCAGGUUGUCAUAAAAUUUUACGAAGAAAGGCUUAAAUGGCAUGCGCCCUCGCUAGAAGAUUCAAAAGGCGAGUAGAUGUAAUAUUUAGAUUAAAUUUUAGGAUUAAUUCAUCAAAUUGUGACAAGUUCUAAUUCUAAUCACGAACAUUACUAGUUUAUACUUACCGAAUAAUGGUUUUUAACAUUCUGUAAAAAUAAAAUAAAGAAGUGAU